GUGAUUCAUUGCGAACUAGCGGUCCUAUAUUAAUCGGCUUCAUUCUCCAAGACUCCCUUCAUCUUCCUUGAAAUCCAAUCUACAUUUCAUCUCCCAUACUCCUACUCCUCACACAUCCAACAACAUGGCCUCCGAAAAGCCCCGUGUCUGUCUGGCCUACUCCGGUGGUCUUGACACCAGCUGCAUUCUGCGCUGGCUCAUCGAGGAGGGUUACGAUGUGGUCUGCUUCCUCGCCAAUGUCGGCCAGGAGGAGGAUUGGGCUGCCGUCGAGGCCAAGGCCCUGAAGAUUGGCGCCAAGAAGAUGAUCAUUGAGGAUCUCCAGCGCGAGUUCAUCACCGAGCUCUGCUUCCCCGCUAUCCAGUGCAAUGCCAUCUACGAGGGCCGCUACCUGCUCGGAACCAGCUUGGCUCGCCCCGUCAUUGCCCGUGCUCAGAUGCGCGCUGCCCAGCGCGAGGGCUGCCAGUUCGUCAGCCACGGUGCCACGGGUAAGGGUAACGACCAGGUCCGCUUCGAGCUGGCCUUCUACGCCAUUCAGCCCUCCAUCAAGAUCAUCGCCCCCUGGCGUGAUCCCAAGUUCUUCAAGCGUUUCGCUGGCCGUAACGAUCUCCUUGACUACGCCGCCCAGACUGGCAUCCCCGUCACUUCCACCAAGGCCAAGCCGUGGUCCAUGGACUCCAACUCUGCCCACUGCAGUUACGAGGCUGGCAUCUUGGAAGACCCCAACCAGACCCCUCCCGCUGACAUGUGGACCAUGACCGCCGACCCCCUUACUGCCCCCAACGAGCCCGUUGACCUCACCAUCCACUUCGAGCAGGGUGUUCCCACCAAACUUAUUGCCCCCGGCAAGGAGUACACCGACCCCGUCGAGCUCUUCUACGCUCUUAACAAAAUUGGCUAUACCCACGGCAUUGGCCGUAUCGAUAUUGUCGAGAACCGUUUCAUCGGUCUCAAGAGCCGUGGCUGCUACGACUCUCCUGCUAUGACCAUCCUGCGCGAUGCUCACCUUGACCUUGAGGGUCUUGUCAUGGACGGUCAGGUCCGCGCUCUCCGGGACCAGUUUGUCACCCACAACUGGUCUAUUCAGCUCUACAACGGCUACUACUUCAGUGCCGAGCGUGAAUUCAUUGAGAACAGCAUCAAGUUCAGCCAGAAGCGCGUGAACGGUGAGGUCCGCGUCCGCCUUUACAAGGGCCACGUCUACAUCCUUGGUCGCUCCAGCAGCACCGAGAAGCUCUACUCGGCUGAGGAGGCUUCCAUGGACUCCCUGGAGGACUUCGAGCCCACUGACACCACCGGCUUCGUCGCUAUUCAGUCUAUCCGGUUGAAGAAGUACGGUCUCCAGAAGGCCGAGGAGGGGGAGAGCCUGAGCCGUGCUUAGGCAGCUGUCAUGUUUGCACGAUUGGAGGGAUAUCAUGGAACAUCCAAAAGGAUAUAAAAGUAAUACCAAGCACGUUCUAGACCAAAUUCGAAUACCUUAG